AUGGAUGGAAAGACUAUAGGUAUCUUAGGUGGUGGCCAAUUAGGUCGUAUGAUUGUUGAAGCAGCUCAUAGAUUAAAUAUUAAAACUAUUAUCUUGGAUGCGCCUAACUCACCAGCUAAGCAGAUUAAUGCAUUAGACGAACAUGUUGAUGGGUCAUUUUCAGACGCAAAGUCUAUUAUGGAAUUAGCCAGGAAAUGUGAUAUAUUGACAGUAGAAAUAGAACAUGUUGAUGCCAACGCUUUACAAGAGGCUAAGAAUAAAUAUGGUGUCGAGAUUUACCCAUUGCCAGAGACCAUCAAGAUGAUCCAAGAUAAGUAUUUGCAGAAAGAACAUUUGAUUGAACACGGAAUCGAAGUUACUGAAUCUAUUGAUGUCAAGGAAAACAAUGUCGAAACAUUAACUGAAAUUGGUAAUAAGUUUCAAUAUCCAUUCAUGUUAAAGUCAAGAACUUUAGCGUAUGACGGCAGAGGAAACUAUGUAGUCAAGAGUAAAGACAAUUUGUCAGAAGCAUUAGAAUUCUUGAAGGAUAGACCAUUGUAUGCUGAGAAAUGGUGCAAAUUUACCAUGGAAUUGGCUGUCAUGGUCGUAAGAUCUAUUGAAGGAGAAGUUUUUGCAUACCCUACUGUGGAAACCGUCCAUAAGAACAACAUUUGUCAUGUUGUCUACGCACCAGCUAGAGUCAACGAUACUGUAGCUGUCAAAGCAUCGAUCUUAGCCAAGAAUGCUGUCAAAUCAUUCCCGGGAUGUGGUAUUUUCGGGGUCGAAAUGUUCUUAUUAUCAAAUGGUGAAUUAUUGAUCAAUGAAAUUGCACCAAGACCUCAUAAUUCAGGUCAUUAUACUAUAGAUGCGUGUGUUACAUCCCAAUUUGAAGCCCAUGUAAGGGCUGUUGUUGGAUUGCCAAUGCCUAAAGACUUUACCAAGUUUUCUACCACUAACACCAAUGCCAUUAUGUUGAAUGUCUUAGGUGACGAUACUGCUAACAAGGAGUUAGAGAUCUGUCGUAGAGCAUUAGAAACUCCAAAUGCUUCCGUCUAUCUUUAUGGUAAGGGUACUAGACCACAAAGAAAAAUGGGACAUAUUAACAUUGUCUCAUCAUCCAUGACCGAUUGUGAAAAUAGAUUGGCACACAUCUUAGGCGAUGAAGAAGUAGUUGUCAAGGAUCUUGAUUCCUCCUCAGAUAAGCCAUUGGUUGGAAUAAUAAUGGGUUCUGAUUCUGACUUACCAGUCAUGUCAGUGGGUGCAAACAUCUUGAAGACUUUCGGAGUACCAUUUGAAGUGACUAUCGUCAGUGCUCACCGUACGCCCCACAGAAUGACUGAAUAUGCCAUCGAAGCAGCCAAACGUGGCGUCAAGUGUAUUAUUGCCGGUGCCGGGGGUGCUGCUCAUUUGCCGGGUAUGGUUGCAGCCAUGACUCCAUUGCCAGUCAUUGGUGUUCCUGUUAAAGGUUCCACAUUGGACGGGGUUGAUUCGUUACACUCAAUUGUACAAAUGCCAAGGGGUAUUCCAGUCGCAACUGUGGCCAUUAACAACAGUACUAAUGCUGCGUUAUUGGCUGUCAGAAUCUUAGGUGCCGUUGACAACAAAUGGUUAAACAAGAUGUCACAAUACAUGAACAACAUGGAAAGUGAAGUGUUAGCCAAGGCCGAAAAGUUGGAGUCUGUGGGCUACGAAAAUUACAAGGCAUAA